GGAGGAGGAAGAAGAGGCAAAAGCAGUGACGACGACGACGACGACGACGACGACGAUGGUGAAGUCAAUGGUAUGGCUUCUUCUGAUAUUCUCCAUCUUCUCCGGCGCCGCCUGCAUCGACGACAAGUGUGCUGCUUGCAAUGCCGUAGCGAGUGAGAUUGAGCUUGAACUUUCUAGGGAAAAACCAAGGAAUCACUUGGACAUGAGACAUCGAUUAGACUCUAAAGGUCAGCGUGAAGGGAAGGUAAUUGAUUACAGAAUUAGUGAGCUGAGAGCUGUAGAAUUGUUGGAUGGGCUUUGUGAAAAGAUGCAAGACUACACUCUUGAGAAGAUAGAUCCAACCAAACCAGUGUGGAUCAAAGUGACUAACUGGGACACCUUUGCAACUAACAAACAAGAAGCAAAAGCAUAUUCAAAAGACAUCUCAUCUUAUUGUGGAAGGUUACUGGAGGAAGCUGAAGAUGAGUUGACAGAAUUAAUAAAGAAAGGAUCAGUUAAGGUAGGAGGUGUGAGCAAGGUUCUAUGUCAAGAUUUAAGCAAGCACUGCAACCAAUCAAGUGAUGAGUCGUCUACAGAUAGUGAUGAGUCGUCUAUGGAUAGUGAUGAAGACAAAGAAGAUGACGGGGAACUCUAAAAGUCACUGAAAUCAGUUGUGGGUCGGCAUGAAAAGACAUGCUGUUAUACAUAUAAAGCUUGAUACGGAGAGUAGUCUCAACUUAUGAUGGAGCAUUAACUAGGGGGUUUUUUUUAUGUUCAAAUUGAUGCUUCUUCACGUAACUCGAACAAAUCUUGCCAGGGGGAUCAUGUGUUAUUUCCGAACUCUAAAUGACUUGCUUUGUGUGAUUGUAACAGAUUUUGACAAAUCAGAUAAUUUUUUGUUAUAGUUUCUGAGCAAGAAGGCUUCUACAAAUUUUUAGUUGCGUUUGGCUUGGAGAAGAACUUUUCCAGUGCCUUUCUCCUUAUUCAGGAAAGUUCAAGGAUGUUUUAGGAUAUUUACCUCAAUAGUAUGAAUAAUGAAGGUUAAAGGUGGGAUUUUCAGCUGUGUUUGCCUUUUCAAUUACUUUUCCAAUAAAAAUUUUCCCAAUAA